AUAUAUUUUUUUUAUUUAUUUUCUUUCUUUUUUUUUAAUUCUAUUAAUAUUUUUUAUUAAAAAAUUGUUUGUUAACAUAUAAUAAUCAUAGUUAUAAUAUAAAUAUUUACAAAUACAAAAUUUUUUUUUAUCAGUAUUUAAAUAACUAAUGGAAGUUUUUGUAUAGUAGAAUCUUAUUAUUUUUUAUGAAAAUAAAUGUCAAUUAUUUUAUAUUAAGAUUAAUUUAUAUUUAAAUUCUGUUAUAUAUUUUUUUGUUAUUGUAUAAUUUUUUGUUUUCUAUAAUUUUAUUAUUGUAUAAUUUUUAAAGCAAUUUAUUAUAUCAAUUUUUAUAAAAUGUAAUAAAUAAUUAUAAUUAUUUAUUCAUAUUAUAAUUUAUUUAUUGUGAUAAUAAAAUUUAUUAUAUAUAUAUAAUUAAAUUAUUAACAUAAUCUAACAUAAUCUAUAUAUUUAAGAUAUUUUUUAUUUAAUAAUAUUAUUCUUUAUUUUUAUUAUAUGCUUGUAGUUUAUAUAAAAUUAGAUAAUAUUUUAUAUAAAUUUUAUUUAUUAAUAAUAAUACAUAAUAUAUGAAAAGUUAUUUUUAUUAUGAAUAUGAGAAGUAAGUAAUAUAAUUAAUUAAUGAAAUUAUUUUAUUUAUAUAGAAAUAAUAGAAUUAAUUAAUAGAUAGAUUUAAAAACUUUAUUAACUUAUUAUUAUUUUAAAUUAAUUUAAAAUAGAAAAAAUUGUUUUUAAAAUAUAUAUUUAACUGGAUUUUAUAAAUAUAAGUUAAAAAAUAAAAUAAUUAAUGAAUAUUUAACAAAUUAUAACAAAUUAUAAAUAAAAUUUAUAUAAAAAUUAACAUAUAUUACAAAAAUUAAUAUAUUAAUAAUAUUGAAAACUAUUAAUAUAUCAAUAAAAAUAUUUAUUAUAAAAAUGCUGUAUUAUACAUUAAAUUUUUAAAACAUCUAUCAUAUUAUGUAUGUAUUUUUAAAACAUUUAUCGUGUGUGUGUACGUGUGUGUGUAAAAUGAAAUAGAAUUUUAUAAAUUUUAGAAAUAUUUUUUAUUUUUGGAACUUAAAAACAACAAUAUUCUAUCAUGAAUGUUAAAACUUAUAAUGUUUUUUAAUAAUUUUUUUCACCUAUAACCUAAAAUUAAAUCUAUUAAUAUAACAGAAUUUUUUAUAAUAUGCAUUUUUCAUAAUAUUAUUAUAUAUGUAUGUAUUUAAAAUUUAAUUCAAAGUUAUAUAUUCUUAUAUUAUACUUGUUGAAUUAUAUAGUAUAAAUUAAACCUGUAAUAUUUACAACAUAAUAUACGAUAUAAUAUAUGAAAUAUAUAAUAUAAUAUAUGAAAUUGCUACAAUUAAAAAUAAAUUUAUUCUAAUACAAAAAUAUAACAAUAUUUUUGUAAAACUAUAUUUUAAUAUUAAUUUUAAUAUUAAAACUAAUUUAAUCUUGAAUUAUAUUCAAAUUAUAUAUAGAUAAUUAAUUGUAAUUAUAUCAAUAAUUAUUUUUAUUUUCAUUUUAUCACUUUAUUCUAAAUUUAAUAAAUUAUUUAAUUAUUUUAUUCCAGUUUAAUUAAAUAAAAUAAAAUAAAUAAAAAUAUAUAGAAAUAUAAAUAUAUAUAAAAAAAUAUAUAAAAUGCAAUAUUUUUAAAUGUACAAAAUAUAUAAUAUUAAAUUAGAUAUAAAAUAGAUCUAAAUCAUAAAAUAUAUAAUGAUUUCUACAAAUGCAAUAAUUUAUACUGAUUAUAAUUAUUAAACAUUUUAAUUUUAUUAAAAAUUUCUUCAAUUUUGUCAAUUUCAUUAAAAUUUCAUUUAUUUAAAAAAAUUUCUUUAUAUUUUUAUUUCCUUUUUUAUAUAUUUAAAUAAUGAUUUGAUUUAUUUAUUUCUGUUACUGAUUCAAUAAAAGAUAUAUAAAUUUAAUAUUAAGCGCGAUAUUUAAAUUUUAUUUUAUAAAUAAGAUAAUAAAAGUUUAUAAGUAUUUAAUAUUUGUUAUUGUUUAAAUAUUAUACUAUUCUUGUAUUUUUGUUUUGAAAUUUUUGAUACAUAUGUAUUUUAUUAUUAUAAAAAUGAUAUCAAUUAUAAAAAUUAAUAUAUAAAUAUAUAAAAUAUUUAAUUUCAAUUUUUUUUAUAACCAUAAUUAGCUUUAAAAAAUAUUUUUUAAAAUUAAUAAAUAACUAAUUAUUAUUUUUCUUAAGUAAUUGAUACAAUAAAAAAGAUAUUAAUUUGUUGUUCUUAAUAUAAAUUUAAAAGUAUAAAAACAAAAAUAUUUUUUAAAAAAAUAUAUAGAAUAGUUUAUACUCAUAUUAUCCUUAUUCUUUUCUUAUUAAUGAACUAAAAUAUAGUAUUGAGUAUGCCAUCUAAAGAAUCAUGAAAAUUUCGUGGCCUAUACGAAUUGCAUGCAGAACAGACAGGCAAGAGGUAAGCAAUAGAACAGUGUAGUUCGUCGCCAUUUUGUUUAUUUUCACGUAAAAGAGAUUUGAGAGACGAUCAUCAAAGCAGAUCGUUCUAUCUUUGUUCGUGAAAACAUCAGCUGAGUGUUUCAGUAAUCAAAUUAAAAAACUGGAAGCACUGAUAAAAAAAUUUGUUAGCACGAAGAAUUAUUGGCAGAGGUUGGAAAGAGUAUUAAGAUCGAAACAUAGUGGAGCUGAAGUUUGCAAGAAGUACGUAGGUUUCACGAUUAGUAGCGCGCCGGUCCCGCGGUGCGGAAACCGUUUCUCGGAUCGGUCGAGAAAGAGUGAGGGAGUACAGAGUGAAAAGUGUGAGCAAGAUAGAUACUACAGGAAUAAGAAAAGAAAUAGUUGUAGCGACAAAAGCAGGGACAACGUAGAAAUUACGAAGAUAUUGCACAAGGGUGGAAUAUAUGUUGUGGGCGUCCCCCGAAAAAGCGGGGGCAUUUGAUAGCCGCAGAAAUUGGGCUCAUCACAAGUAAAUAUCAAUCGUCGUCGUGUGGUAAAACGACGUCGCUCUCAAGUCGUAGUAGUGACGCGAGCCCGGUUACGAUUGGAAUUGAACAAGUACAAGAGCAAAAUUUGCUUGAGCAAAAAUCUUUCGUCCCUGACGAGAAUAAUCAGUUUAUCGAACGACAACAGUCAAUUUUUGCUCGCAAUCCGUUCAUAGUUACACCAGUUAAAUUAACUUCAGAAGUAACCUCGACGGCGGAAGCCGCCUCCGAGGUUCCCGGCGCAAUCAAGACGACCAUCAAUAUCGGCAUUGCGAUGAACCACGUUAACGAUCAAGAAAAUCUUAAACAACUCAACCUGGCACCAGUUCAGGUUAAUGAAGUUGAAGAAAUGGAUACACAAGAAGGAGAAACACCAAAUGAUGGUGGAGGAGAUGGCAAUGAUACUAGUCCUAUGAACGGAGAAUCAGAAUUAGCUUGUAUAGUUCAAGAUCAAGAAAUGGAGGAAGACGAAGCAAGAUCAGAAGCAACAUUUCGCUAUACAGUGGAAAAUCUUUCUAAAAUGAAAGAAACUCAGUUAUCACCUCCAUGUUAUGUUCGUAAUUUGCCAUGGAAGAUAAUGGUAAUGCCAAGAUCAAGUCAAACACAAGAUAGAGCUCCUCAAAAAUCACUUGGUUUCUUCUUGCAAUGUAAUGGAGAAAGUGAAUCAUCAUGGAGUUGUUAUGCAGUUGCAGAUCUUCGAUUACUUUCUUGUAAGGAAGGACAGGAACCAUUUAGUAGAAAGAUUCAACAUCUUUUCUAUAGUAAAGAAAAUGAUUGGGGAUUUAGUCAUUUUAUGACAUGGCAGGAUGUCUUGGAUCCUGAUAAAGGUUUUAUUAAAGAUGAUUCUAUUACACUUGAGGUUCAUGUCAUGGCUGAUGCUCCACAUGGUGUCAGUUGGGAUAGUAAAAAGCAUACAGGAUUUGUAGGUUUAAAAAAUCAAGGUGCUACAUGCUAUAUGAAUUCUUUGCUUCAAACUUUGUAUUUUACUAAUCAGUUACGUAAAGCAGUCUAUAAAAUGCCGACUGAAAGUGAUGACUCUAGCAAAAGUGUUGCUUUGGCUUUACAAAGGGUAUUUCAUGAAUUGCAAUUCUCUGAUAAACCAGUAGGUACAAAAAAACUAACUAAAAGUUUUGGUUGGGAAACAUUGGAUUCUUUUAUGCAACAUGAUGUACAAGAAUUUUUACGAGUGCUUUUAGAUAAGUUGGAAAGUAAAAUGAAAGGUACAUGUGUAGAAGGUACAGUGCCAAAAUUAUUUGAAGGAAAAAUGGUGUCAUUUAUCAAGUGUAAAAAUAUUGAUUAUAAAUCAACUAGGGUUGAAACUUUCUAUGAUAUUCAAUUAAAUAUUAAAGGAAAGAAAAAUAUUUAUGAGUCGUUUAAUGAUUAUGUGAGUACUGAAAGCCUGGAUGGUGAUAAUAAAUAUGAUGCGGGAGAAAAUGGUUUACAAGAGGCGGAAAAAGGUGUUAUCUUUUCAUCAUUUCCACCAGUAUUGCAUUUACAUUUAAUGCGAUUUCAAUAUGAUCCAGUUACAGAUUGUUCUGUGAAAUUUAAUGAUAGGUUUGAAUUUUAUGAAAAAAUAAGUCUUGGCAAAUAUUUACAAAGUAAAGAAACAACAAGUGCAGAUUACACAUUGCAUGCAGUCUUAGUUCAUAGUGGGGAUAAUCAUGGUGGACAUUAUGUUGUAUUUAUCAACCCAGCUGGUGAUGGAAAAUGGUGCAAAUUCGACGAUGAUGUCGUCUCAAGGUGUACAAAACAAGAAGCUAUUGAACACAAUUAUGGUGGUCAAGAUGAGGAUAUGUCUAUAGCUGUGAAACAUUGUACGAACGCCUAUAUGUUGGUGUAUAUAAGGGACUCUGAGUUGGAAAACGUCUUACAAGAAGUUAAGGAAGAGGAUAUACCUCAAGAGCUGGUGGAGAGGCUGCAAGAGGAGAAGAGGCUGGAACAAAUACGAAGAAAGGAAAGAACAGAAGCAUACUUGUAUAUAACCGUCAACGUCCUUCUUGAGGAUAAUUUUGACGGUCACCAAGGGAAUGACUUAUAUGAUCCAGAACAUGCUUUGUAUCGUGUAUUUCGCGUACGUAAGCAGUGUACCUUGCACGAGUUUCUCGAAUUGCUGAGUGAUAGCUUGAAAUAUCCAAUAGAGCAAAUUCGUCUAUGGCCACUGAAUGUACGUUCAAACCAAACUUGUAGACCAAUGCCAAUUGAAUUAGAAAAUGAUCUUCAAAAAUCUAUUUAUCAAUGCGCGGAGAACCCGAAUGUAUGGAAUGUAUUUGUUGAACUUGUUCCUCCAGAUUCUGAUUUAACAGCAUUGCCACCUUUCGAUAAAGAUACUGAUGUUCUCUUAUUUUUUAAAUUAUAUGAUCCUAAAAAUAAAAAGAUUCAUUACUGUGGACAUCAUUAUAUGCCUGUCACAGCUAAAGUCCAGGAACUUAUACCAAUUUUAAAUGAGAGAGCUGGUUUUCCACCUGAUACGGAAUUAGCUCUUUAUGAAGAAAUUAAGCCAAAUUUGGUAGAAAAAAUAGAUAAUCUAACAGAACCAUUAGAAAAAGUUCUUGAAGAAUUAAUGGAUGGAGAUAUUAUUGUUUUUCAAAAAGAAGGAGACAAUCAAAUGUAUGAGCUUCCAACAUGUAGAGAAUAUUUUAAAGAUCUAUUUCAUAGAGUAGAAGUUACAUUUUGUGAUAAAACGAUUCCUAAUGAUACUGGUUUUACAAUGGAACUUUCAUUAAGAAUGACAUAUGAUCAAAUGGCAAGAGCUGUGGCACAGAGACUUGGUACAGAUCCUUAUCUUCUACAGUUCUUUAAAUGUCAAACUUACAAAGAUUCACCUGGACAUCCAUUAAAAUGUACAUUUGAAGGUUCAUUGAAAGAUUUGGUUUCUUACUGUAAACCUAAAGCGAAAAAAUUAUAUUAUCAACAGCUUAGUAUUAGAGUAAAUGAACUUGAAAAUAAAAAGCAAUUCAAAUGUAUAUGGGUUGGUCCAUCUCUUAAAGAAGAAAAAGAAAUUAUUCUUUAUCCUAACAAAAACGGAACAGUAGCAACAUUACUUGAAGAAGCUAAGAAACAAGUAGAAUUAUCAGAAAAUGGAUCCGGAAAAUUAAGGAUAUUAGAAAUUAAUUCUAGUAAAGUCUCACCUGGUCCAAGAGAAGAUGUACCUUUAGAUAACUUAAAUACAUCUGGUACAAAAUUAUACAGGAUAGAAGAAAUUCCAAAUGAUGAAUUAAAUUUGGCAGAUGAUGAAAUGUUGGUUCCUGUUGCACAUUUCCAUAAGGAUAUUUUUUCAACAUUUGGUAUUCCCUUUUUCUUUAAAAUCAAACAUGGUGAGCCUUUUCCAAAAAUGAAGGAAAGACUUUUGAAGAAAUUGGGAGUACAGGAAAAAGAAUUUGAAAAGUUUAAGUUCGCGGUGGUAACAAUGGGUAAACCACACUUUAUUAUGGAUUCGCCAGAAUAUUGCAUGGAUCUUGCAGAUUUUCGUAUUCAUCCAAAUCAAAUUUAUCCACUUUUAAAUGCAGGCACAUCGCCACUCAGGCCUUGGCUUGGCCUAGAACACGUCAACAAAGCGCCGAAGCGCUCUCGUAUCAACUACCUCGAAAAGGCCAUUAAAAUUUACAAUUAAAUUUUCAUCAUACGAAGAAGAAUAAAAUUAGGCAGCCACUCAUAUAAUUUAUACGACUCUAUAGUAAGAAAGCAACGUCUGAUAUACGAUGGUUGGAAAUGCGUUUGUAUUCGGUUCUUCAGCCAGAUAGUACACAGUUUUAAUAUUAUGAUCAUGUUAACGAAAGGUAAAUUUACGCUUUGUAUACGAUGGAUUAAGAGACUGUAAUGACCCUGCAAUGAUACUUUAUGCAUCAUGGAAGUUCUCCCUUUCGAAUCGACAGGGAUUUUACGUAAUGGCUGGAUCGAUGGUACUACAUUGAUUUCACUAUGCUCCAGCAAUGGAUUAGACACUUCUCUCUACGAAAUCAAUUUUUAUGUUUGUAAAUAUUUUGCUGAUCAAUGGCAAUUAUUUAACAAAUAUUUUUGAAAACAUUGUUUUCAUUAUAUUCGAGUCUAUCAAGAACAAGAAUUUAUUUAAAUACAUAUUUUAUUAUUAAAUAAAGAAAUACGGAUAAGAACUGCAGAAUGAAGAAAACUCGUAUCAGGAAACAAAAAGGUAUUUAUAAAUAUAGCGUACUACUUCUGUACAGUACAUUUUUUUUCGAAAUUUUAGUUAUUUGAUCCUGCCACGUAAAAUCUUUGUAAUUGAAUAUAACAAGAUCCAAAGAAACACUAUGUAUUGUUCUACGUGAUGUAAUAUUUAAUAUCCAUAAUCAGAAAAAAAUUGUCUAUAUAUACUCUUGUUUUAUAUCAUAUUCAGGAUGUUUGAAACGCAAACUUAUAAUUAAUGUUGUAAUCUUAUAUUCUAUAUAUUUUUUUGCAAAAUAAUAAAUAUUAAUUAAAAUUUUAUAUCAUUUCUUAAUGCAUUUUUAUAUAUAAAAUGUAAUUUAAUUAAACUUUAAUUGUAGAAAGAUAUAAUUAAAUUAUAUAUUUCAUAGCAAAAUUAUCAUUACAAAAUAUCUACAAAAUAAUUUCUAAAUAAAAUUUCUGGAUUGUCUUCCAAGCAUCCUGAAAUUUUUUGUUUGAAUAUUCUUUUUGUGUGUGUGUUUUAUGCGUAUUUCCUAUAUAUUUUAUUGAAAUUCUAUAAAAUUUUGCAAAUAUGUAAUAAUAGAUUAAUAUUAAUAAUGAAGUAAUUUCAAUUACAAUAUCAAAAAAAAAAGAAAAAAACUCAUUGAAUAUAGUAAAUUCAUCACGAUUUGAGCAAACUAUAUAGAAUAUAUUGGAAGAUAAAAAUUAUUUAAAAAGAAGGGUCAUUUCACAAUUUCAUUAAUCAAGCUUUUUUUUGUUUUAUUAAUUAUUUCAUAGUUUUGUUCUUUUAUUUUUUAUUCACUGCAUACAUUCUACGCGAUAACUUGCCACGAUAUUAUUACAAGAUUUCCUAUUAUUUAUGAAUCAUCUUUUAUUCAACAUUUUCUCCUGUCUGUAACUGUGAUUAAAGUCUUUCUUCGAGACGUUUUAAUUCAUGGCUCCACAAUACCUAAGAAUGUUAUUAAAUAUUGAGAGAAGAUGGAGCGAUUUAUUCAAUUUAUUUAAUAAAUAAAUUUUUUUCUAAGAGUUUAGUUUAUUAUAGUUAUUUAAAAAAAAAAGAAAGAAUUUUAAAGUUCAAUACAAAACUCUUAAAAUAUAUCAAGUUGAUGAUUUUAAUUCAAGUUAAUUAGUUAGUCUAUUAGAAUAAUUGCUACAAUACAAUUGGAACGAUAAUUUAUAUUGGUAUAUUAUAUAAUUUAAAGAAAUGUAUUAAAUGUAGCUCUUAUGAGUAUGUUAUUAUUCUGAUGAUGCCACAUUUUUUAAAGCGCAUUUCAACAUCGACGAAUAAUUACUAUAAAUUGAUAAUAAAUAAGAAAUUUAUGCGAUGUGCAGUAAUAUUUAUGAAGACUGGACAUGCUAGUUGUGAAGAUUGCAAUAUUUUGUAAACCCAAACGUGAUUGUACAGCUAGUUUGACUAACUACAGCCGUAAUUUUAAUCAUGUAUAUUCUUUCAUAUGUUUCGUUGUAAACAUUCAACUGCAGUUGAUUAUUUUUGUUCUUGAAAAUAAUUUUAAUAUAUAUCCUAUUAAAAAUUUAGAAUUUCUUCAAUUAUUUUAUUAUGUGGUUUUGAACAAACUCAAAUUUUCUUCGUUCUUUUUUUUUUUUCUUUUAACUCAUAAAAUUGUUAAUCAUGGAAAGAUAAAAUACUAAAGAAAUAUUAAAUAGUUUUUAGAAUUGAGAAAAUUAAUAAUUUCAUUUCUAUAAUUAAAUUACGUAUGAAAAUCAUUAGUCUGAUUCUUUCUAAUGAUAAUUUUUACGAUUUGCUUUUCUGAUAAAAGCAAUGCAGAAGUUUUGAUCGAAGGAAUAGCGUGUAUAUAUAUAUAUAUACACACACCUGGAAACUAUGAAAAUAUAAAUUACAUUUUAUUAUUCAUAUAUAUAUAUAUAUUUAUAUAUAUAAUUACAUAUGUAUAUUAAUUGUAUACAUAUACAUUUUAUUGUUACGUUCCUCAAUGAAUACUAACAGUAACGAUGAUUUCGAAGUUGAAGAUAGAUGAAUAUCACUUGUGACAAUGUUAAUAGUAACUAUGUAUUUUUUGCACUAAAUCAUAUGAAAAUUAUAUUGGAAGAAAAUUAUUUAAGUUAUUGUAUUAUAAUAAAAAAAAAGAAAACAAAAAUAUAUCAGAUUUACAUAUAAUAAAUAAUCCGCAAAAAAUGCACUUCUAAUACAUAAUAUGAUGCUUGUAAUUAAUUGUAACGCAUUUCUGUUUUUGUACAGCUAAUAUUGUAGCAGCUGCUCAAUUGCGAUUGUAAAAUUUAUCAAUAAUUUUUCAAUAAUUUUUUUCUAAAUAAAUAAAAAACAGAAUAAACAAGACUACGAAAUGCGUAAACGAGAUAGUUGAUAAUAAAUAGAAUAAAAUGAAUGUUUUACGAUUUUAAUCGAUUAUCUUAUUUGACAACAAUGUCAUAUAUUUUAAUUUCUGUUAACACAUUUAUGUUAAUAUUAUUUUAUUUUUAAGAAUUCAAAUUACAUUUAAUAUUACAAAUUGUUAUUAAAAAAUUAACUUAUGUAAAAAUAUAAAUUUAUUAAACUAUGUAGUAAUACUAAAUAUAAAAUCAAAUAGGAAUAUAUUACAAGAAAAAUUUAUUCUUGAAAACUUUUACAUUUGUAUGUAAUUAAAUUGAUUUUUUUUUUAAAUAUAAAAAAUAUAAGUAGGCCAAUAUAGAAACAAAGAACUAAAUAUUUUUUUAUCUAUCUUUCCAAAUUAGUAAUUCAAAUUAUUUGUUAUUUAUACAAAUUUACAUAUUUAAAAGAUAUUUUAAAUUUAAAAAAAAAUUAUAUUUUAGAUUUAAUGUAUAAGAAAGCACAUUUGCUGUAUUAAUUAAAAUUGUUGGAUAAAUGUAAUAUUUAAACAAUAUCAAAAAUUGUAAAAUGAUUUUUUAUUAUUUAACUGCAAAAUAUUUUUUAUUAUACAAUUUGCAAAACAUAUAGAAGUUUAUAUAAUAUAAUAUAGAAGAAAUUAAUGAAACUUAAAUUUAAACAAUGAUUUGAAAUAAUUUUUUUAAAAAAGAUUUUCUAAAUAAAAUUUUUCGUAUUACAUAAUUAAUAUUAUUUUUGAAAUUAUUAAUUUCUAUAUUUUAUAUUUUCUUUAAUUAAUAAUAAAUUCAAAAUAUAAUAGAAUAAUAGAAUACUCAAAAUUAAAAUAUUUUAAUUAUUGAAUAUUUAAUUUUUAAUUUUUGUAAUGAAAUAAUUUCUUAUUUGAUGUUAAAAUAGUUAAUUUAUUUUAAUUUAUUAUCAAUUAAUAUAACCUGUGUUUACAAUUUAAUAAUUAUAUAAUGAAUGUUAAUAUUGUAUAUUUUAUUCAUAUCACUAUUAUUUUAUUGUAGUUAUAAUAUGUUAGAUAUAAUAUUUGAUAUUAAAAUAAAAAUUAUCAUAAUCAUUACAAUUAUACAAUAUUAUAAUAUUAAAUUAAAUUUAUUAUUAAUACUAUUA